AUGUUUCUCGACGCGUUUAAAUCAAAGUCCAUGACCACAACCGACACAGAGCACUACUCCCGUACCCUCCGCGACCGCAUCGACUCUCUUACCACGAUGCCUUCCUCGGAAAAGUCUCUCCGUCCAGUGCGCCAGAAGUUCCCCGCCGACCAGCUCCGCCCGUAUGUCCGGCAGCUCCUCGCCAAGACCCUCGCCGGCGCACAGUGGGACUCGAAUGACCGCGCACGCAUGGGCGCCUACUCGAAGGAGAUCUGUGAAGCGGAGUGGCAGCUGACCGUUCACCAGCGCGUAAAGCACAAGAUGCUCGAGCUCGACCCCAAGGGAUACAAGUACAUUGUGACGUCCCAGUUUAGCGAGAACUUUGGCCAAGCAGGCCGCGCCGACAUGAGCUGCCACUGGGAGGACACAGACUGUGCAGUGCAGGAGAUGUACUCGAACGACACGAUGAUCUUCGUGUGCAUCGCGUACGCAGUGCGCGUCGCCUAA